AUGCUGCUGUCCAUGAGAACUUGGACGAAACUUCGUCGCAAUUCACAGCCAGUCGCGCAUAUGUCAAUAUUCUGUCGCGGCAAGCCCAUCAGUCGCGAGAAUCUCUUCGCGUACACCAAUGGCCACUUCUUGGUUGACGAAGAACAUCAGCUUGAGCGACGGUACCGCGAAUUCAAUGUAGACGCACUCUGUGAUGUAGCCAGAGCCGCUGGGGGUAGUAGUUCGCGCAUCAGCACUAUCGAAAAGCUCGAGGGAGGGUUUAGCAAAGCCUUCUUAAUGACCAAAGAAGAUGGAAGCCAGGUGAUGGCGAAGAUUCCAUGUUAUAUUGCCGGGCCAGUCUUCCGAACAACAGCCUCUGAAGUAGGGACUUUACAAUACAUCCAUAAAAACACUGGAAUUCCUGUUCCCCAGGUGUUUUCCUGGUCCGCAGACGCCUCAAACCCCGUCGGGGCCGAGUAUAUUAUCAUGGAAAAGGCUCACGGGGUUCCGUUAUUCCAGCAAUGGGGCAAGAUGCCCGAAAUCGAGAAGCUGCAACUCAUAAAACGCUUAACCCAGCUUGAAGCGCAACUGUCCGCCAUUGCAUUCCCUGCAUAUUGUGGACUAUAUUUGCAGGUAGACGCGAAUCGCCUCAAGCAUCAGAAACGGGAUGUGGCCCUGGAUGAACAGAGCCAAUUUUUCAUUGGACCUUCGCCUGAGAGAUCUUUCGCCGUAGAUGAACCUGGUCUCGAUCAAGGACCUUGGGAUAAAUUGUCCGACCUUGGAAUAUCAAUUGCACGGCGGGGGCUCUGUCGGAUUUCCAACCGGGGCUCAGAAAAGCACCAGGUUAUGGACCAUCUAGACAGCAUCGAGGAACAAAGUCGCUUACUAGAAACCACGAUCACCGUGAUGAAAAUUUUGGACUCCCACCCACGCCUCGUCGAAUCGGCACAACCAACUCUAUGGCACACUGACCUCCAUAUGGGUAAUAUUUUCGUCUCACCUGAUGACAGCACCCAAAUUACAUCCCUUAUCGAUGUCCAAUGCCAAUCCAUACUGCCGCUGUUUCUCCAGGCUCAGUGGCCUGUGUUUCUGCAGCCGCCGCGAGAGUAUACCAGAGGCUUUGUACAACCAAGCCUACCGAAUGACUUUGGGUCUCUAGACGAGGACGAAAAGGCCGUCGCUAUGCAGGAGUGGGCACAGUCCAAGGUAGCAAAAGCAUACGAAGUAUCAACGUUUAUCGAAAGCAGAGCUGCACAUACCGCGAUGAAUGUUCCGCGCGUCUUUCGAGAACUUUUCAUCCGCGCCGGGGAUGUAUCUGAAGCUGGGGCUGUUCCGCUGCGAGAGUGUUUGAUAGAGAUAUUUCAAAAUUGGUCGGAAUUGGGGUUCCCUGGGCAGUGCUCAUAUUCUUUCAGCCAUGAAGAGAUCAGUAACCAUGAACGCCAAUUUGUGCAGUAUCGAGAAUGGAACCAAGUUCGACAGCUGGCGCAAGAAUGCUUGGACACAGAUGCAGAAGGAUGGAUUGCGCCGCAGCUUGACUUUGCUGAAAAGCGUCGACACAAUAGGGAAUUGCUGUCUAUGUAUAUCGAGCGAGCCGCGGGGGAGAAAUCACCAGAGGAGGCAAGACGCAUAUGGCCAUUUCCAGAUGAACAUCCGAAGACAUUGGGGAUAAGAAGCCUGGACCAACGCUAA